GUAUACAUGUAAGACGAUAUUCCGGAAACGCAGACCAGAGACUGUUUAACUCUCACAUGUUGUGUGUCGGACGCGAAAGGGUUGUUGACUUGUUCCCGGACUGCGAUUUUAUCCACCUAUAUUUGGCGGAUUUUGGAAAUGCAAUCAAGACAAUAACACGACACGGAGCAGAUUAGAAUAAUAAUACUUCUGGAAAGUGUGAUAGGCUACCAAACUCACAGCAUGUCCUCGAGACACUCCAACACGAGGACCUUCCUGGGAAUUUUAAUGGUGUUAAUUGUCUCAGGUGAUGACAAAACUAUUAAUGGCAUCCUUGAAGACAGUAUCCUUCUGCCAUGCAACUGCUCAGAGAGAAAUUUGGACAUGAACGUUAAGUGGCAGACAGAAGGAUCAAACAAGGCGGUGGUGUUCAAACACAACAGGUCCACUUCAAACUUCUAUGGCAGAUUCGAAGGCAGAGCCAAAGUAUUUCUGUCUGAAAACAGCAAUAACUGCUCUGUUCUCCUCAACAACGUCACAGCGGAGGACAAGGGGAAUUACAUAUGCAUUUUCCGACAGUUUGAGACAUACCAGAGAUUACGUGUUAAUCUAACGGUUUCUGCGCCCUUCGAGAUAUGUCAGACUGACCCCCCGAAUGGAAGUGUACAGGUUUUCCACUGUGAUGUAAAAGGACGCUACAGAGAUGCUGAGAUUCAGUGGAGCUUGGAUGGACAGCUUCUUACAAAUUCAACCACAACUAACAUAACCCACAAACGCACCCUGGAUGCUCUUACUGGCUUUUACCAUUUCAACAGCAUACUCAUCACUAAACUCAACUCAGUCUUACAACCUACAUGUGACGUCAAGGCCAAAAACAUUUCAACUAUCAUUAGCUCUGACUGCAGGAUGACGCCUGAACAAUACCAAGGAGCAAAUUUCAUGAGAUACCGCAUCUCAAAAAUCAUUCCCAUUAUGUUGGUGCUUGGACUUUCCUUGCUCUUGUGGAGCCGUUGUGAUGUCUCAAAGAGAAUACGGGAAGUUAAGACGGACAACUUCUAAUGCGAAACUCCAAAUGUGACAAUGUGAAAGUAUUUUCCACUGAUCUGUGGUUCGUCAUGAAUGUGGUAUCAUGCACACGCAGAGACUAUUCCCAGACAGGUUACAUCCUGUGUUGAUGUCAUCUUAAAUGUGGGGUUUUCCGAAAAAGAUGUCCAUCUUGUGACGUGUUAUGGAUGUUUACAUGGAGGUGUUUAUGUUCUUUUCUUCAACUUCAAGGACUGUAAAAACAAUUGACCCUCAACAAUAUGAAGAUGAAGUGAAACAUUUAAAUGUAAUGUCAGUUACACAAACAAAAUCACAAAGAACAACAUUUCAGGUAACUUUGAUAAUUGUACAUGUUGUUAUUGUUGACUGUUUAACAUACUAUAAAGGUGAUAUUGAUAUAGGAACAUACCAGCAAUAUACACUGUAAAUAAACAUUUAAAUCAAGUGUAAUGCAGACAUUUAAGGAAGGUGUAUAACAUGUAUAACAUGUAUGUGCCUACGGAUGACUAUACUGUGAUAUUCUUGUCAAUGUCCUUGAUUAAGCCUCUUCUUUUCUAAUAUGAGGGUUUGUUCAAAUGUAACCUGUUCUUCUGUAACUGCCUUUGUGAUAUACUGUUUACACUGAAAGUUGUUGCUUUUUCAAGAUUUAUUUUACUUUUGUAAAUAAACAGGUUAAAGGUUCAAUGUGUAAGGUAUGCCAGAAUUUAAACUUAAACCAUUAAAACAAUUAACUCACAUUAUCAACAGAAUGCGAAGAGGUAACAGUGUUUACGAGACGUUUAUGUAUUGUGUUGCAUAUCUACUGUGAUAUCUGUCAUGUCUGUUUUAUAGUUUGUUUGUUUAUUGGAAACGGAUGGAUCUGCCCCAUGACGAUUAUAAGACAGCAGUGUUUUUUGACCAAAUUUUGGUAUUCUUGCCCUCUGACUGACUGACAGGCAUUACACAGGAGUAAAUGCAAUACACAAUAUGAAUGUGCCAAACUACUACAACUAAAAUAUGAACAUUAGACAUUGUAUGGACCCAGGUGAAAUACUGUCCUCUAUUUAUUUGGAGCAGGUGCCUCCAGAAUUACACAUUGAACCUUAAAGGUCAUUGUAUGUAAUAAACGAUGGAGGGAACCCCUGUGACAGAUUUGGAACAUUUAAGAAGUAUGACACCAAAGAACUACAAAAAGUCCCGCCUGCUAACGAUCCUUACCUGGACAACCAUACAGCCAAACGCUGUUUUAUAUUUUUCUUGUCUGAAAAGAAGUUGCUGAACUGGGAAACAGACAGCAGACUUGCUUCUGUGGCUGCAAACAGGAGAGCAAACCAAAUGUGAUGCUGGAGGAGAGGGAAUUGCAAUUAUAUGUGAAUGUCAUUUUUCAACAAAGGGUUCAAACGAAACCUACAUUGAAAAUGCUUUUCUUUUUGAUUUGCUAAGUCUUUAUGUCGUUUAGUAUCCUGUCAUCAUUGUCACUUUCUUUCUGUGAAUUGCUUUGAUUUUUGCUGAACAACAAGACACUGUAAAAGCUUAGUUGCCACAAUGUAUCAUUGUUAUUGAAUAUAUUUCAUGUUGAGACUUAUUUUAGUGUUGUUCCUAUGCCUUAUUUACCUGAAAUCAGCUCCCAAGUAUAGCAGUACAUUUCCAUGAUUUUCAACAAUUUCAGAAUAAAUUCAUGACUCCAAAUUCUGCAAAGUAAAAAAAAAGUUUGAUACAAAGAACCUGAGUGACAAAUGAAGGGGAAAAGCAACAGCUCCAGCAUGGUACGUCAUUGCGUGUGACGUAAGCGCACCAGGAAGUGAUACAAGCGGCUAACUGGCUUCCUCAGGGCUAGCGAGAAAUGAAUAUGAAAAAGAGUUUUGUAUCUUUUCACAGGCUGGAACAGGAUUGACAUUUUGUUCACGUGAGGUGCAGAGCCACACAAGGCAUCUACAAUGGUCCGAAGGAGAGCGGCAGUUGGGAAUAACCCUUCAUCUCAGAGUAUCUCUGCAGCUCCUACAGAGGCGGCUGGGGUCCCCAGCAGGAAGCACAACAUCUGCAUGGUGUCCGACUUCUUCUACCCGAAUAUGGGAGGAGUAGAAAGUCACAUUUACCAGCUAUCCCAGUGUUUGAUUGAAAAGGGACAUAAGGUGGUAAUUGUUACACACGCCUACGGCAGGAGGAAGGGUGUCAGGCACCUGACCAACGGACUGAAGGUCUACUACCUCCCCCUGCAGGUUAUGUACAACCAGUCCACAGCCACCACCUGCUUCCACAGUCUCCCACUGAUGCGCUGUGUGUUUGUAAGAGAACGCAUCACCGUUGUGCAUGCACACAGCUCGUUCUCCGCCAUGGGCCAUGAUGCACUGUUCCACGCAAAAACCAUGGGCCUGAACACGGUGUUCACUGACCACUCACUCUUUGGCUUUGCUGAUGUGAGCUCCGUGCUGACCAACAAGCUUCUGACUGUGUCGCUGUGUGACACAAACCACACUGUGUGCGUGUCGUACACCAGUAAGGAGAACACGGUGCUCCGUGCAGCACUCAACCCAGAGAUUGUGUCUGUUAUUCCCAACGCUGUCGACCCUACGGACUUCACCCCUGACCCCUCUCAGCGCCAAGGCGACAGGAUCACUAUUGUUGUUGUCAGCCGUCUGGUCUACCGCAAAGGUAUCGACCUUCUUGGUGGAAUAAUCCCAGAGCUCUGCCUCAAACAUCCAGAUCUGCAAUUCCUGAUCGGUGGAGAGGGACCAAAGAGGCUUGUGCUGGAGGAAGUGAGAGAGAAAUACCAACUACAUGACAGGGUGCGUCUGCUGGGGGCUUUGGAGCAUAAAGAUGUUCGUGGAGUUCUGGUGCAGGGUCACAUCUUCCUCAACACGUCUCUGACUGAAGCGUUCUGCAUGGCCAUUUUAGAAGGAGCCAGCUGUGGACUGCAGGUUGUUAGCACUCGUGUGGGGGGCAUUCCUGAGGUGCUGCCUGAGGAGUUGAUUACCAUGUGUGAGCCUACUGUGCGGGCGUUGUGUGCUGGUUUGGAGACAGUCAUCGCCCGGCAUCGCUCAGGCUCUGUCCCCUCCCCCGCCUCUAUCCAUGCUCGUGUGCAACACCUCUACACCUGGAGAAACGUUGCUGAAAGGACUGAAAAGGUGUACGACCGUGUGGCCGGGGAGGAGGUGCUUCCCCUGGACAAACGGUUACGGAGGCUGAGGGCUCACUGCGGCCCCGUGGCUGGCUCCAUCUUUGCAUUCAUCGCUGUUUUAGACUUCCUCUUCCUGCUGCUUCUGCAGUGGUGGGCGCCAGAUAGGGUCAUGGACGUCGCUGUGGACGGCACCGGCCCUCAAGGAAUGUGCAGGCAGCCCCCCAGCGGUAAAGUCGGAGAUGUUCUAAAAGUGCCGUGAGGAGAGCAGCAGAACCAGAAAUGUCCACAUCGUGAUAACUCCAUGGCUACAUAUUCUCUUUGUGGUGCUAACUGACAUUUAAAACAUUGCUACUGAAUGCUGAAUGUGCUCAUAGUAACCUGGAAUAUUGUUUACAUUUACUUAUCAAAAGGGACCUUGUGUGAAAGCAUUUUAUCUAAGACUUGGAGGGAACGUUUAUAUAUUUAAUGAUUUAAAGCUGUGGCACUCCUUGGUGCUUCAAUAAGCACUUUUUUGUUGUACUCAGUAUAGAUUGCACUGCGCAGAGGGAGUAAAGGGCUGGUUAAUUGUACUUACUGGGAAACAAAAUGGCUUUUUAUUCAGUUAAAACAAUGACUUGUUCACUUUUUGAUAUCAUGAAUGCCACUCCUUUUGUUUAUUUACUUUAGAAGUACAUAUUUAUAUAAAACCUGGGAGUUUUUUAAAAACAUUUUUAAAGGAUCUUCUGACUCCCAGACAGUCGACUCUGGAAAAUAAAGCGUACUUUCUAAUGUUU